AUGUCUCGGUCGGCGUCGGUCUCGACAAAGCAUCCUGAACUCCAAGAUGUCAGGGAAACAUCUGUCCAGAAGCACCCAGUGCGCUGGUACCGCUCGACCUUCUACAACGCCACCAUCCUUGGACUUUGUAAUUUCGCCGCGCCGGGUAUCUGGGGAGCCAUGAACUCUCUCGGUGCGGGUGGCUUGCAGAAGCCGUACUUAGUCAAUGCUGCAAAUGCUCUGACCUUUUGUCUCAUGGUGGUGUCCUGUUUAUUCUCUCCGGUCCUCACAAAGUAUAUUGGCAUCAAGGGCGCUCUCAUGUUCGGUACUUUGGGAUACGCCCCAUAUGCGGCAGGCCUCUACAUCAACAAUCGGUUCGGCACAGAGUGGUUGGUACUCGUCGGAGCGGCCCUCUGUGGGAUCUCAGCUGGCGUUUUCUGGGCGGCGGAGGCUGCUAUUGCAAUGGCAUACCCAGAGCCUUACAACCGCGGAAAGGUUUUGGGGUAUUGGCUCACUUACCGCCUCGGUGGGCAAAUUCUGGGCGGCGCAAUCAACCUGGGUAUCAAUGUCGAUCGCAGUGAGGCAGGCAAGGUCAGCUAUACCGUGUACUUGAUUUUCAUCGCACUGCAAGCCACAGGCCCAUUCGUCGGUGCACUGCUGAACCCACCCCACAAAGUCGAGCGCACCGACGGCAUCAAGGUCGAGUUGGAAAUCCUCGAACAUCCCUGGCACGAACUCAAGGCCACCACGAAGACCUUCUUCACCAAGCGGUACCUGCUGUUGAUUUUGUUCAUCGGGCAAACCGUGUAUGCAGAGGCUGUCUUCUUCACAUAUCUCUCAUUGUGGUUCAGUGUCCGGGCCCGCGCACUCGGUUCGUUCUUGUCUGGCAUUCUUGCCGUGACCUGCGGUAAUCUUCUUGGUCAUUAUCUUGAUCGCACCAAGCUGUCGGUGAAGCUCCGGUCACGAUCGGCAUUCUUCACAAUUGUCGUGCUGCAAGGCGGAUGGUGGCUCUGGGCCACGGUUCUAGUAACAAAAUUCCGACACACCAGGCCAUCGUACGACUGGGCCAGCAGUGGCUUUGGCCAUGCAUUUGUUCCCUUCUUGUUCUUGACCACUGGUUUCCAGCUCAACUACUUGUUUUGCUAUUUCAUAAUGGCGCAGCUGUCCACAACGCCAGUCGAGAUUAUUCGCUAUGCGGCGUUGCUUCGUGGGACGGAAUCCGCAUGGCAGGCUGUCAGCUACGGGCUGAACUCGAUCAAGAUAUUCGCAGAAGUAGGCGGAGUGUAUAUCAACUUCGGACUCUGGGCAGCCGCUUUGCUCCCGACGUGGCUGGUGCUGCGACAUUUUGGUAACGAUUAUAUUGCUUCCGCGGAGGCAGGAGAAGAAGGUUCUUCGCAUUCUGGAAGCGCGCCUACAGAUGAACCUAUCCAAGCACCCAUUGAGAAGGAAAUAUGA